AUGUGGAUAUUUUACGCAUUUCUGGUCCACGUACUUCUCCUGGGCUCGAUACUUGUGAUCAACUUUCGUUCGACCGUCAUCAAGGGCCUACAGCCACAGACACCUCUACUUGCAUACGAUUUGAAUCCUCCGGCGACUCGCUUGGUUCUGUUUGCUACUGAUGGACUCCGUGCCGCUUCGUUUUUCGAAGACAAUUGCCGGCAUGUGCCGCAUCUGCGGGAGAUAUUUAUGCGCGAAGGGUUGGUUGGAAUAUCUCGCACGCGUGCUCCCACGGAAUCUCGACCAGGUCACAUAGCAUUGCUAGCGGGCUUCUACGAGGAUCCAUCGGCAGUUUUCAAAGGCUGGAAAGGGAAUCCCAUUGACUUUGACUCGGUGCUCAAUCGCAGUGGCUACAGUUUUUCCUGGGGAUGUCCGAACAUAAUGGACGUAUUUAAGAAGGUAACCAAGCGCGGAGGCGGCGUGCACUUCCAUCCCUUCAAUGACGAUGUGUAUGAAACGGCAAGAUGGGCCACCUACAGACUGGACGAAUGGGUGUUUAGCCAAGUAAGCGCACUCCUUGAUCGCAUUAAAAACAAGUGGAACACCUUCAGCACGGUAGUAUUCUUCUUACAUUUGAUGAGCUCCGACAGGGCCGGACAUGUCCACAAACCAGGAACGAUCCUUUUCCAAAAAAGUCUUAACAUUACGGAGCGUGGCAUUUGGGAGAUGUACCGGAAAUUCGAGGAAACCUUCCCGGAUAAGAAUACAGUUUACUUGUUGACCUCCGACCACGGCAUGACAGACACAGGCAUCCAUGGUUCUGGCACAGCACAUGAAAUCGAAACACCCUUCAUGCUCUGGGGCGCAGGAGUUUCCCGUAUCGCUUCCACUGGGGGAGCCCGCAAAUUUGUGGCCAACGAUGACGGCCUCCAGUUACCGCUCCACGAGCUGGAACAGGCACAACUGACACCACUGAUGUCCGCACUGUUAGGCCUGCCUCCUCCGAUGAACAAUUUUGGGACACUGCCGACCGGCUACAUGGCUGUGAGUGAGGAGUACGAGGCCAUGGCUGCUCACAGCAAUGCUCUCCAGUUGCUAGCUCAAUACGAAAAGCUGCUGGAGCAGCACAGGGAAGGGUUCUUCGCUGACUUUCUGAACAAUUUCGAUCAGCUGUCGCCGGCAGAAAUCAAAUCAUAUAAGAAGCUGAUAUUGAAUCUUCACACCAGAAAGGCCUAUUCGGAAUCUUUGGCCAGGAGCAAUGUCGUUAUGGAGCUUACUCUGAAGGGAAUUGACUACUACCACGGGUACUAUCGCAAUUGCUUACUGCUAAGCACUACGGCCACCUUCCUUGGUUGGAUAUUCUACCUGUAUCGAUUGCUGUCCAGGAACACGGCAGGGAAACUCCAGAUAAUGCUUGAAAAGCAAGAAAAAGUGUGCAGAAUAACAUUGGAUGUUUCCAUGUUCUUGUUGCUAUUCUUCCUCGUGGCGCAGCGAGCGCCGAUCGCAAUUGCAUUCUAUUUGUUGCUUCCGAUGCCUGUAUGGAUGAUGGCAUUGAAGCCCAAAGCGUGUGGAUCCACGUCAGCAUCGGUGCCCAGCAGUCAGCCUGGAGUAACUGCCCGGAUGACUUCAGCGUCGCAACUGUUGUUGAUUAUUGUAUGCGCUGAGCUGAUGGUGUUUACCUUCUUUGAGCGACGUCUGAUCUCGCUGUGUUUCGUAGCCUUUGGAUUCUAUAACAAUUGGAGAAACUUCGUGCCUAACUCCCGCGAGUUCUACACCUGGCUGGCGCUGGUCAUUAUCCUUGCCUGUUUCCCCCUUCUGCCGCUGUCAGAGGGUUACCAAAAUUGGUAUCUUUUUCUGUCUGGCAUUGUGCUAGUAUUUCUAAGAGCAUUUUGGUCCAAGAAGCGGCGCUUCAGUUACAGUUAUCACACCAAGUACUGUAAUGCCCUGAUCCUGUUGAACACCAUCAUCUGUGCGUAUUUUGACUCAGAGGAAUACGACAUACCCAUCUUGCUAUACCUAGCCAGCUGGUCUUUCUUGAUCUAUGCCUUUGUCUCAAUUCUAAUGAACAAGGAGUCGAAUUUUGAGCAGCGUCUGGACCAAAUCUGCUUUAAUCUGGGAUCGCUCCAUGCUCUGCUUUCCACCUCAUACGAAUCGGUCUUCGUGCAGCUGCUCACCAUGGAACUGAGCCUAUCGCUCGCCGCUACGAACUCGGCCAAAUCAGUUCCACGUGUGGCCUUCAGCAUUCUCCUGUAUACACUAUUCUCAUUCUUUGGCAUGGAAUCUUUUGAAUCGGUCGACAAUCUGUUUGAUUCCAACAGUGGGCGCUGCUUCCUCUGGCAGUAUGCGCCGUAUAUCACCAUGGGUCUUGUUCUGUUGAAGCACUCCCUGCCGGUGCUGCUAAACAUGUCCAUUUUUUAUACGCACUGCGAGUAUGCCCGUCAGAGGGAGAAGAGAAUCUUCAUCUGCAUAUUGUUCAUUUGCAACAUAAUGGGACUGAACUUCCUGUUCCUGGUGCGCAAUCGGGGAUCCUGGAAAGAUAUGGGGGCUUCAAUAAUUAAUUUCUACAUCAUGGGGUUAAUUACGCUGAUUAUUGUUCUGCUGUCCUGGGUCGCACAGCUGCUGCUGGGCCUGAUUGCAAUCGUUUACCGGCAAGUCUGA